AUGGAAUCCAGUAAACAAGCUUAACAAAGCGAAGAGAAACAACAAAGCAGAAAGAGAUACGAUCACUUGAGAGCAAUUGAAAAACAGAUGAAUGAAGUGCAUCUCACAACUAAAGUAGCUGAGGCAUCUCCUCUCGAAGGCUACGAAAACAUGUCUUUUGAGGAAAAGAAUCAAGGCAAAUACUUCACCACAUUCCCUUAUCCUUAUAUGAAUGGUUUCAUGCAUCUUGGUCAUGCUUUCUCACUUUCAAAGUGCGAGUUUUCCGUCAGAUAUCAGAAACAACUUGGAAAGAAUGUGCUAUUCCCUUUUGCCUUCCAUUGCACAGGUAUGCCAAUUCAAGCAGCAGCCUACAGACUCAAAAGAGAGAUCCGCACUGGAAAUAUUACUUCUCCAGGGGCACUCCCAGGCCAGCCAAAGCAUUCAACCUAAUAUGAGAUCUUGCAAUAGCUCGGAAUCUCUGAGGAAGAUAUCCCCAAGUUCCAAGACCCACUUCACUGGCUCCACUUCUUCCCACCUCACGGCAUGCAGGACUUGAAGGAUUUCGGUCUCUACACUGAUUGGAGAAGAUCAUUCAUCACCACUGAAGUUAAUCCAUUUUACGAUUCAUUUGUGCAGUGGCAAUUCAAUACUCUUAAAGCCAAGGACAAGAUUAGAUUUGGAAACAGACCAGCAAUCUUCUCAGAGACUGACAACCAACCAUGCGCAGAUCAUGAUAGAUCCAAAGGAGAGGGUGUUGGACCACAAGAGUACACCUUGAUUAAGAUUAGAUGCUUGGAACUCCCAGCCAGUAUGCAAGAGAAAUUCGCUGACAAGACUGUUUUCCUUGUUGCUGCCACUCUUAGACCAGAAACUAUGUAUGGACAAACUAACUGCUAUGUCUUGCCUGAAGGUGAGUAUGGAGUAUUCGAGAUGAUUAAUAACGAGUACUACGUCUGCUCAGAGAGAUCAGCCAGAAACAUGUCAUUCCAAAACAUGACUAAAGAACACAAGCAAUAUCCAUGCCUCCAAAAGGUAUCAGGACAGGAAUUGAUUGGUCUUAAAUUAAAAGCACCACUUACCAAGUACGAAUACGUCUAUGCUCUCCCCAUGACUACCAUCAGCAUGUUCAAGGGUACAGGUAUUGUAACAAGUGUUCCAUCAGAUGCCCCAGAUGACUGGGCUGCUCUUAGAGAUCUCCAAACCAAAAAGGGACUGAGAGAAAAAUACAAUGUAUUGGAAGAAUGGUGCAAUCCAUUUGAGCCAAUUCCAAUUAUUGAGAUUCCUGGAUUUGGAAAUAUGGCUGCAGUUAAACUAGUUGAGGAAAUGAAAAUCUAAUCUCAGAAGGACAAGGACAAGCUUACUGAGGCUAAGGACAAGGUCUACUUGAAGGGCUUCUACGAGGGAGUGAUGCUUCUCGGGCCCUGUGCAAACAUGAAGGUUCAGGAUGCCAAGCCAAUAGUCAGAAAGCAAUUGAUUGAUAACAACGAGGCAGCUGUGUACUACGAACCAGAAAAUGAAGUCACGUCAAGAAGUGGCGAUAACUGCGUCGUAGCACUCUGCGAUUAAUGGUUCUUGACCUAUGGUGAAGAGUAAUGGAAGGAAACUGUUAAGGCUCACGUUAAAUCUGAAAACUUCAAUGCAUACACCCCUAAGACUCAAUAGGAAUUCGAAGAGACUCUUGAAUGGCUUAGAGAAUGGGCUUGCUCUAGAUCAGUUGGUCUUGGUACUAAACUCCCAUGGGAUACUCAAUUCUUGAUUGAAUCUCUUUCAGACUCCACCAUCUAUAUGGCUUACUAUACAGUAGCUCAUCUCCUCCAAGCAGGUUCUUUUGACGGCUCAGUCGAAGGUCCUCUUGGCAUUAAGGCCUCAGACUUGAACGAUGCAGUUUGGGAGUACAUCUUUAAAUAGGGAGCUUACCCCGAGGGUUGUGCCAUUCCAGAGGAGUCCCUUAAGAAACUCAGAGGUGAAUUUGAGUACUGGUAUCCUCUAGACAUGAGAGCUUCAGGCAAGGACUUGAUCAGAAAUCACUUGACCAUGUCACUUUACAACCAUGCAGCAGUGUGGGAAGACCCCAAGUACAUGCCAAGAAGCAUUUUCUGCAAUGGCUGGAUCCUUGUCAACGGACUCAAGAUGUCCAAGUCAACUGGCAACUUCCUCACCAUUAGAGAGUGCAUUGAGAAGUACGGAGUAGACGCUACUAGAAUGGCUCUGGCUGAUGCAGGUGAUAGCUUGGAUGAUGCCAACUUCGACGAGAACGUAGCUAACAGCGCUAUCUUGAGACUCUUCGUGCUCGAAAAGUGGAUCUCUGAAGAGGUCAAGAAGCACGUCCCAGCUGAAGGACUUGACUUUGCAAACCAACCCCAACACGAUCUCUGGGAUCAAAUCUUGGACAACGAAUUGAACUACGCGAUUGAAUUGACAACCAAGAGCUACAACGACAUGAGAUUCAAGCAAGCCUUGAAGCACGGUUUCUUCGAACUCCAAGCUCUUAAGGAAGACUACUUGAUCGCAAAGCAUGGAAACGUCAACCCAUUCUUGUUGCUCAAGUACGUUGAGACCCAACUCAUUCUCAUCAACCCAAUAGUACCUCACUUUGCUGACUACUGCUACUAGACACACGUUCUCCCCAUUCUAGAGAAGUCAGUCAACCUCUAAAAACCAGCUUAAAAGUUGCUCAUCAACCAAGGAUGGCCCAAGGCAAGCAAGGCUGUUGACUCUGGCAAAACUAAGAGAGUAUACGACUACAUGAAAUCAGUAAAGAGUAACGUCAGAAUGGCCCUAGAAAAGGCAAAGCAUGGAGGCAAGAAGGGAGCUAAGGCUGCCAAGGGCAAGGGCAAGGAAGCUGCCCCAGUUGAAGAGAAAGGCCUAGAAAGCUGUGUCCUCUUUGUGGCUCUCGAAUACCCAGAGUGGCAGAAAAACACCCUUGAAACUCUCCAGUAAUUCGAAUUCAUAGACAACAAGAUCCAAGGAAACUACAUCCAAGCUGUUAAAUCCAGCAUCACUGGGCCAAAGCAAGGUUUGGCUUUGAAAUUCGCAGCCUUCAUUGCAAAGGAGGCAGAGACAGUUGGAAAAGAAGCCGCUCUAGAAAUCGCCACCCCCUUCAACGAGGUAGAUAUCAUUGACUAAAACAGACAGUACUUGUUUGAGAACAUGCCAGGCAUCAAGAACAUCAGUGUCUACCCAGCCACCACCGAUGUUGAAAUCGAGAACUCCAAGAACUCCAGAGAAGCUGCUCUCCCAGGCAAACCCAGCUGCUUCUUCUUUUGA